CUACAUAUCAAUGCUGACGACACUAUUUACUUUCCACCACAUGCUUAGCGGAGACUUUAUGAAGAGACACUUCGCCCUGUGUGUAUAGCAGCAUUUAAAUUUUCUUUCAGACUUCAUGAAGAUUUGAAGAUUUGAUCAGUCAUGGAUGGAGAUGUGCUGUCUUUGUCAUCCUUCUCAUCAUUAUCAUCCUCAUCAGCAGCAGGAACACAGAACAAAGAUACUCCACCAAAGAGUGAGAGCAGCCUCCCUCACAACCAACAGGAACACAAAUCAACUGAAGAAUUAUGGACAGAGGAUGUAAGUCCUGUGGGUGACAGGCUGCUGUCCACAGAGGAGCAGGUCACUCUGAUCACUGAGAGUAUGAGUGUCACCUCCAAUGACCAGGAGAAACUGCUGCUGCUCAACAAGAACACUGAGCUCCGCAGAGUCAACAAAGAGCUGAUGAAGCUGAAUGAGGACUGGGACCAGGUGUACCGCAGUGCCACGCUGGGUCUACAGCACAGAAUGGAGGCUUUGGAGCUAGAGAACACUGCCAUCAAACAGCUCAACAGCAGACUGUUGCUCAAAGUUGAGCACCAACAGAGUGCAAAGGAGUACUAUGAGCAGGCGUUGAUGCAGGAGCUGAAGAAGAACCAGGAGCUGCAAGAAUACAUCAGACUGCUGGAGAGAAGGAUGUACCACCCAGACAAAGACUGCACACCUGCCAAACAGGGCAGCUUCACCACCUCUAAUCUUCCCAGCAGUCCCAACCUGUCACCCAGUCACGUCUCCGGAUACAACCCCCCUUCAUCCUCCUUUUUUCCAGCUUCUUCCAGCCCUGAGGCAGGGCGGGAGGGAAAAAGCCAGAGCAGCAGUACCCCACUGGGAGCACUGGGAGACUCCCAGCAAGAAGUGCAGGAUCUUAAAGAGCAGCUAGAUACACUGAGAUGUCAGCAGACCCAGAUUUAUGAAGCAGAAUAUCAGACAGAACAUAACGACCACAAACACACAAUGCAGGAGAACCGGAGGCUGAAGAAGAAGAGGGAGGAGAUGCGCCAACAGGUGGCACUACUGCAAGAGCAGCUCAAGGUUUAUGAGGAUGACUUCCGACGGGAGAGGUCAGACAAACAAAUGCUGCAGCGGCUGCUGUUGAAGAAAAUGCCUCCAAACAAGGACCCUGUGCUUGUCCACCGCUGCAAUAAUGAGCAGCAGCCACCAGGAAGAGACAAGAGGACACAAAGUGGAGAGAAAAGAAAACAGCACCACCCGCUCUGCCCCAAGCACCCAAACAGGGACAAAGAGUCUGACUGAGGGUCGAAGAAAAAAGAAACCUGAUCAUGCACACAGUAAAUCAAGUUUCAACCCAGUAAAAUGAAAGUCACUAAAUGUGUCAGAAACUCUCAUACAAUGAUUUUUACUAACUCUCAUCUGGAAACACAGCAUAGCGUCAUUAGAGAGGUGUAAGAUUAGACUCUACAUUCAGUUUUAGCAUUCCAUUUUCAAUUGUCCUUUACACGCAUUAAUUUUAUCUAAAUAAUGCAGACUAAAAAUAGCAUGUAGUUAAACUUUAUGGAAAUACCCAAACAUGAGCAAAUCUGGGGUCAAAUGCAUUGUUUGCUCGCUUAGGGUUCUGCUUGUUACCCUUCGUAAUAAAGACAAAAAAGAUAAAAUAUUAGUUAAAAUUAAAGUUAAAUUGUAGAUUAUAGUCUAGUGUUUUUCUAUAUAUUACGUAACAGAAACAGUUGCCAACUUUGGUACCUAUAUAUAUUUAAUAUAUCUAAUAUAUCUCCUUCUAAUGUAUCUCUUUCUUAUAUAUCUCUUUCUCUAAAGUUGAUUCUUUUUGUUUACUCUGAUUUUGUUUGCUAUCAAAAACAUUAAUAAAAUUAUAAAUAGUCAGAUAUUAAUAUAAAUAAUUAUAACUGAUCUAAGUCAAUAAAAUGUAUUUGGAAUGACAUUACAAGUCGGACAACGAAGUUGCAUUUUGGUGGGUGUCCCCCAGAAGAGCUGUUACUGUAGCAGGUGAUUUCCUCAGGAAUGUGCUGUUGAGUAAAUGUUUCCUAAUGUUUGCUCUGGUCACUGAACCACAUCUGAACUGAAACUAUUGACAUAACAUUGCACAACAGACGUGGCCACUGAGUGAUCAGGGGUUUUCCUCUGUAAAUCAUUUUCUCAGCAUCCUUGGAAAGUUCCUCUAAGAGACUGUAAAAUAUUCCUUAAACUGUCUUUUGUAUUAAAGCACAGUGCAUUUUGUAACACA